UAAACCUCGGUCCCAAUUAGUCGAUCGCGUCUUCUCGACAGGUUUUCUCCGUCCGAGUGUUGCGUUAAAUACUCGCGGAUAUUGACACUCUGGGCGUCCCGUAAUCUUGACUUCCCUUAGCCCUAACGCAGGGAUGCUGCAGAGCCUGUUCCGGUGCCAUUAACGUCUGGUGCUUAGAUCCGCAAAUAAAAUAUUUUCCGGCGUUAAAGUGGUGUAUCAGCACGAUCGUAUAGAACCGGUUUCCGCUCACAAGUUUUUAGAUACGCGUUUUUGAAUAAAAGCGGCUGUCUACCCACAGGGCAAGGAACACUAUGGUUUACAGGGUGAAAUUUUCAACUGAGCGAUUUUCGUGGAAUUAGACGCAUUAUAAAAUCGGAUUUUGAGAUCGCAGCGGAAAAUUCGCUUAGAUCCGCAAAUAAAAUAUUUUUCGGUACUAUAGUGGUGUAUCAGCACGAUCAUAUAGAACCGGUUUUCGCUUACAAGUUUUUAGAUACGCGAUUAGAAUAAAAUCGGCUGUCUACCCAUAAGGCAAGGAACACUACGGUUUACAGGGUGAAAUUUUCAAUUGAGCGAUUUUCGAGGAAUUAGGCGCGUUAUAAAAUCGGAUUUUGAGAUCGCCGCGGAAAAUUCGCUCUAAUUUUUCGGUUUCGUUUUCUUGUGUGCGGAUAGGAUGCAAUAAGUUGUAGACACUUCGGCGAUUUCGUGCUCGGAGCGAACCGGAUCAAAAUUAAAUCAUAUAACUGCGUACUUAGAAUUGCAUAUUUCAAACCAUAAUAGUCUUGGUUUAUAUUGGAAUUUUUAGGCGUUUUCUGUCGCACAAUUUUCAAAGAGCUCUCCUCUAGUAAAUCAAAAACAAAAUUUUGAGUCUUUGUAUAAUAAGGCCGCUUGCCUCGUGGACGGAAAAGAAAUGGUAGAACUUUCUACAGGUUGCAAAAUUUUGGAUUUUACGAAAUUUGAGAAUUCCACGACAAGGAAAAUGUGAGAGCUUUCUCUGUUGGAAUCUUCAAUGAUGACAUGCAUUUAUCGUUGAUGUUUAUGAGAAUACAUGCUAUGAACAGAAGGAACAAGGCUGCAGGCGAUCGGAGAAUCAUUUUAAGCACCUCUCAUUCCAAAUUCGACCUAGCCCCAUGCAAUUUUUGAAAGAACAUAAAAAAAAAGAAGUGAGAAGUUACAACAUCUCCGUACUCCUCAGUCAAAAAAACUACGAGAUUGCGUUUGAAGUUUUGAGAGACGAAACGCCGGAAUUGAAACAGUUAUGAGAUAUUUCGAUUUUUCCUUGAGACGCUUCAACGUAAACGAUUAUCAAUAAUUGUGAAACCAACCAAGCGCGUCGUUUGUUGCCUUGCAGGAUGGCGAGCAUCAUUAGAAAACACAUCUUCAACCAACUUCUGUCCUCAAUCACGGCGUUCCUGACCCUGUUCCUCUCGGGCGUCUGGCUGGGCUGGAUCUCGGUGGUGCUGCCGAAGGUGCACUCGGGGGAGAUCCCGGUACCGAUGAGCGGGUCGGACAUCACCUGGGCGGUGGUCGGCCUGGACAUCGGCAACUUCCUCAGCCCGCUGCCCACCGGGUACCUGAUGGACCGCUGCGGGCGGCUCCCCACGCUCCGGCUGGCCAUGCUCUUCUUCGCGGCCGCCUCCGUCCUGGCCCUCGUCGCCUCGACGCCCCUCCACUUCUUCCUGGCGCGGCUCCUGGCCGGCGUCGGGAAGGGCGCCGGCUUCACCGCGGCCGCCCUCUACGUCGCCGAGAUCGCUGGCCCCCGGAUCCGCGGCGCCCUCUCCGGCGUCUUCAUCGUCAUGCUCACCGGCGGCCUCGUCGUCAGCGUCACCGUCGGCCCGUGGCUCAGCUUCGCCACCGUCAACUGGCUCAUCCUCCUCUUCCCCGUCCUCGGACUCUUCCUGACCUUCUUCGUCGUCGAGUCACCUUACUACCGAUGCAUGCGCGGCGACUCCGCCGCCGCCGAGAAGGCCCUCGCUGCCGUCCGCGAUCGCACAAAGGUGGCGGCCCGGACCUCGGAGCUGGAGCUGAUCCGGCUGAAGGUGGCCGAGGAGCAGAGCGCGAAGAAGAGCGCUUGGACGUUGGUCUCGGAGCGGGGGAACCGGCGGGCCCUGGCCAUCGUCCUCGUCACCGGGAUCCUGGAGCGGGCCGGCGGCGUGGCCAGCAUCAUGGCCUACGCCUCCUCCUCGCUCCCGCAUGACACCGCCGGGUUCUGGGACGGCAAGCUCACCGUCAUGCUCUUCUCCUGGCUCUGCGUCGUCUCCGGCCUCCUCGGCGUCGCUCUCGUCGACUCCUGCGGACGCAAGCCGCUCCAGCUUGUCUCCUGCCUCGGACUCGCCGGAGUCACCGCCGCCUCCUCCGUCUUCUACUACUACCACCAGAAGGCUCAGGAGGACGCGGCGGGUUUCGUGUGGGUGCCGCACGCGUGCAUCGUCCUCUUCGGGGUGUUCUACCCGUUCGGCGUCGGGCAGAUCCCGCACACGUUCCAGAGCGAGCUGUUCCCGACGAGCGUGAAGGGCCACGCCUCGGCCAUCAUGACCAUGGCCCUGGCCGUGGCCUCCUUCGCCAGCAACAAGCUCUACCUGGCCGUCGACCUCUGGCUCGUCUACGCCGCCUUUGCCCUUUGCAACCUCGCCAGCGCCGUCUUCACUAUCUUCUGCGUCUUCGAGACCAAGGGCAAGACCCUCGCCGAGAUCCAGGACCUCCUCGAUCGCUGAGCUCAUCGAAUAAUAAGGCCAUUAGAAGGGACACUUUCCUGCGGACCGAUCAUUGAAACUGAUAGACAAAGCUAUAGACAAAGACGACAAAAGGGAUUUGUAGGGAUCCUAUUGGUGGAAGCGGGCGGUGGCAAUGGACAUAGGAGGUAGGUAAUGGACUGAGUAACGGCAACC